AACACGCACUUGUCGUCUUGUCGCCUCAAAAUUUCCUCUCUCCUCGCCACCGUCUCUUCUGUUUACGAGCUCCUCUCCAAAUCCCCAAAACCCUAAUCCAGCCAGCCGCCGCCGCCGCCGCCGCCAUGGGAGGAGGAGGAGGAGGAGGGCGCAAGCCACGCAACUUCGCCACGUUCCGGCUGUUCCCGCGCGCCGGCGCCGCCGACCCCAACGACCGCGUCUUCGUCCGCGUCGACAGCAACGACUACACCGUCCCCGGCUUCGGCGACGACGACGCCUUCGACUCCUCAUCCCUCUCCCUCACCGGUGACGCCGCCGCCGGCGAUCACUUCUCCUCCGCCUCCGGCCCCCUCCCCGACCACGUCCGCCGCGAGAUCCUCGAGCUCGGCCUCCCGGACGACGGCUACAAUUACCUCCACCACCUCCGCGAGCUCCGCCCCUCCGCCGCCGCCGCCGCCUCAUCCUUCGCGCCCAACCAGACUGCCCCGCCUCUCCCCCUCGACGUGAAGGCGUAUGAUGCCAGUAGGGUGCGGAUUGCUUCUGGCAAUGUUGAGGAUGAGAUGGACGAGGGGAGGACGAUGUGUAAGGUGGCCGCGAAGACAGCGCCUGUGAGGCGGAUUGAGAGGGCGGUUGAUCCUGACAUCGCGAGGUUGCUCGACGAGACCGAUGUCUCCCAUGGCGGGUCGGAGGAUGAGGGACUGGAGGAGGAUUUUGUCAUCAUGGCAAACCGGGCUGAGGGGGAUGAGGAGGAAGAUGAUGAUGAUGAAGAGGAGGAAGUGAUGGAUGGUGUGUUCUUAAGUGAUGUUGAAGAGGAAGAGGAGUUUGAGGAUGAUGAGGGUGAGCCCAAGCCGAGGGUCCGGCGGUUGCUGGAUGAACAGUUUGAUUUGCUUGCUUUGGAAGAAUAUGGUGACAGUGAUGAUGAUGAUGAUGAUCCAGGUGUUAGAAAUGGGGAAUGUGAACUGCCUACUGAGGUUAUUGAUGAACUGAAACUGUUCCAUAGUCAAAAUGUAUCUGUCACAGAAGAAUAUAGAACGCCGGCAGAUUUUGUUCGUAGAAAAUUGGAUUCAAGCACAGCAGAGGAGGUGGAUGAAUCUGCUAAUGUAAUCCAAAAAUGUGCUGAAUAUGCUGAAAGGUAUUUAAAUGAAACUGCUGAAGAGGAAGAAGUUGUACUUGUUUCAGAAAGCAGUGAUGAGUCUGAAGUUUGGGACUGUGAGACUAUUGUUUCCACAUACUCAAAUCUUGACAACCAUCCUGGAAAGAUUCAAACACCAGGAAAUCCUAAAAAUAGGCUCCCUAAAGUUUUUCCUGGAGAAACAGCUACAACGAAAGAUAUCAUCAGGCUUCAAGGCAAAGAGAGACUUCCAGUAGAAUACCUACCACAGAGGAAAAGAAAUGGUGAGAAGGAGAAGAAAGCAAAGCCAACAGAAACUCCAAGUGCUGAAAGUUUUAAGAAAGGAGCUCAAAAGGAAACAAAGGAGGAAAAGAAAGCAAGAAAGGCUGCAGUGAAAGAAGAGAAGAGAGAAGCACGGAAAGCAAAGAAAGAGCUGAAAGGCCUGUACAAAUUUGAAACACAGAAGGCUCAGAAGGUUGCUGCUGUUACAGGGCCAGCUUCUAUACGGCUAAUGUAAUAACCAUGUUGAUUUGUAAACAUGUUCUGCACGAUAACGACGCAAUGUGAGUCGUAAGGAGAUCCUCAUCCUACAAGGUACGACGGCAAGAUAUGAUACACUGAUACCUCCUGGGUCAUCUUGUGCCAUGUUUGUGGUUUUUGUCGACUAGAUACCCAGUGUAUACCAUGUUUGGACUUCUGUAUGAGAAAUAUGUCGUGUAAGACGUAGGUUAUCUAAUGGACACAGUGGCGCUAUUUUGAAUGUGAUUUUACACUGAAGUUACCCAAGAUUUUCAAUCUGCA